CACGGCGCCGCAUGCAUGCCACGUGCAGAAUUCCACCCGCGGCACGUCCCUCGCCUGCACUGGCUGCGACAGCCACGUCCCACCGCGACUUUUCUGGUGGUGUGUUUGGCGUCCGAAUCUUUUUUCGGCAGCUCCGAUUCUUAUAUAAGACAUUCGCUGGACCGCCGUCCACUCCUCUAAUUUUUCCUUUUCUUCUUUUUUCUUUUCUUCUUUUCUCUUUGAGGUUUUUUCCCCUUAGCUACAUCACACACAUCCACACACAAUGAAGGCUAUUAUUCUUGUCGGCGGCUACGGUACCCGCUUGAGACCUUUGACCUUGACGUUGCCUAAGCCCAUGGUUGAGUUUGGUAACCGCCCAAUGAUCCAGCACCAAAUCGAGGCGUUGGCCGAGGCCGGCGUCACCGACAUUGUGUUGGCCGUGUCGUACAAAGCCGAGGUCAUGGAGGCCUUGUUGGAGGAGUACAAAGCCAUGUACGGCAUCAACAUUUCUUGCUCCAAGGAGGAGGAGCCUUUGGGAACCGCCGGCCCCUUGAAGCUCGCAGAGAAGAUUUUGAAGAAGGACGACUCGCCGUUCUUCGUGUUGAACUCGGACGUGAUUUGCGACUACCCCUUCCUGGACUUGGCCGCGUUCCACAAGGCCCACGGUGCCGCUGGAACCAUUGUGGCCACCAAGGUGGACGAGCCUUCCAAAUACGGUGUGAUUGUGCACGACCGCGACACGCCCAACUUGAUCGACCGCUUCGUCGAGAAGCCCGUGGAGUUCGUGGGCAACCGCAUCAACGCCGGUAUGUACAUCUUGAACCCAUCCGUACUCGACUUGAUUGAGUUGAAGCCCACGUCCAUCGAGAAGGAGACCUUCCCUCAGUUGGUGGACCAGAAGCAGUUGUACUCGUUUGACUUGGAGGGCUACUGGAUGGACGUUGGCCAGCCCAAGGACUUCUUGACCGGCACGUGCUCGUACUUGUCCUCGUUGACCAAGAGAAAGCCCGAGCUGAUGUGCUCCGAGGGCUUUGUGCACCAGGGCAACGUGUUGGUGGACCCCAGCGCACAGAUCCACCCCAAGGCCUUGAUCGGCCCCAAUGUGGUGAUUGGCCCAGGCGUCAUUGUCGGCGAGGGUGCCCGUAUCCAGCGCUCCGUGUUGUUGGCCAACUCGCAGGUCAAGGAUCACGCGUGGGUCAAGUCCACCAUUGUGGGCUGGAACUCGCGCAUCGGCAAGUGGGCCAGAACCGAGGGCUGCACGGUCUUGGGUGACGACGUCGAGAUCAAGAACGAGAUCUACGUCAACGGCGCCAAGGUCUUGCCUCACAAGUCCAUCUCGGUCAACGUCGAGCUGGAGGCCAUCAUCAUGUAAGAACCGCGGACGGACGCUGUUUGUUUUCUGAUAUGUACAUUACGCUGCUCUAUACGGGCAAUACACGCUUAAGCUCAUCCACUGCUUGUAGCUCC